AUGAUACCCGUAGCUGUCCUCCAAUGCAACUCUCCUCAAGUCUUUUACUCUCAGCGGAGCCAUGACGCUGGUCACAGCGGCCUCGCUGCCGACGGCGUCCGUCUAGUCCGCCGCUGCGGCCAGCCCGUUUACACCGGUAGCCAUCUGCGGCAUGGUCUGCCGCUUCCCCUCGGAGCUGUGGAACUUCCUGCUGGCCAAGGGGGCGCGCUGUUGGAAAUGCCCGAGCGGCACUUCAGCCUGGCGGGCCACUACCAGGACCUGGGCAGAAGCAAGAGCCGCCGCAAGCCCGAGACGGCGGUGGCGAAGCACGGGUACUUCCUGGACCCGGCCGUCGGCCCCGGCGCGCUCGGCACGUCCUUCUACCCCAUGCCCAAGAGCGAGAUCGAGCAGCUGGAGCCGCAGGCCAAGCAGCUGCUCGAGGUGGCGCGCGAGUGCCUGGGCGACGCCGGCGAGGUCGGCUGGCGCGGCACCAAGGUCGGCGCCUAUGUCGGCAGCUUCAGCAACGACUGGUACGACCUGCACAACAAGGGCGAGAGAAAGUAUGGCAUGUACCGGUCAGCCAUCGUGGGCGGGACCAGCAUCAUCCUGGCCCCGGCCCUGACGACGGCCACGUUGAAGCAGGGCGGGCUCAGCACCGAUGGGUCGUGCAAGACCCUCUCCGCGGCGGCCAACGGCUACGCGCGCAGCGAGGCCAUCUUGUCGGCGCGGUGGCAAAUAGCGACGGCCGCGCCUGCAUCGGGUAUGGACGACGACGGCGGUGACAAUGAAAAAGACGCGCUGGCCGCCGCCGCCUCCCCGCAUCUCCUGCUGUCCUCGGCAAACAGCCAGCAGUCGCUCAAAGACAUGAUAGGCCGCUACCAGGCCUUUGCUAGCCGUGCCGAAGACGGCGGCGGCAAGCGCCUGAACUGA